AUGGCCUCAUCGGCUAAGAGGAGAGCUGUGGGUUUAGGACAAAAUCCUGAGGAAAAUGAAAACAGUUCCGAUGAGAAUCCAGAGGACGAUGACGACUCCGUAGAUGGGGACAGCGAGACGUCGGAUGAAGAAAUCAAUGAGGAGGUCGUAGUUGAUUUUGAAGCCCACGCCAUAUCAAGCAACGACUACAAUGGAGUAAAGAAACUGCUGCAGCAGCUCUUCCUGAAGGCUCAUGUGAACACAUCUGAGAUGACAGACAUCAUCAUCCAGCAGAAUCAUGUUGGAAGUGUCAUUAAGCAAGCUGAAGUUCCAGAGGACAGUGACGACGACGACCCAGAUGAAGUGUUUGGUUUUAUCACAGUGCUCAACCUCACCGAAAGAAAGGGAGUGCAAUGUGUGGAGGAGGUCAAGGAGCUGAUAGUGGACCAGUGUGAGAAGAACGCCCCCCAUGCUGUGGCGGAGCAGCUGGAGCUGAUCUUCAGUGACAUCAGCAAGCCGGUGGGGCUUCUGCUGAGCGAGCGUUUCAUCAAUGUACCGCCACAGAUCGCUCUUCCUCUACACAAACAGCUCCAGGAAGAAGUGGCCGAAGCUCAGAGGACAAAUAAGCCCAGUGGGAAGUGUCACUAUUGCCUGAUGAUUAGCAAGACCUGCAAACCGGCAACCAAGAAUAUUCCAGCCAGAGGAGGAGCCCCCAAAGACGAGUACAUGUUCAUCAACGCAGAAGAGGAAUUUUUUUAUGAGCAAGCCACCCUGAAGUUCCACUACUCGGUCCAGGAGGAGACGGACCAUUGCUUGAGUGGCAGAUGGUCAUUUGAUGAUGUUCCAAUGAAGCCUUUCAGGACAGUGAUGUUGAUUCCCACAGACAAAAUGCCUGCUAUUAUGGACAAACUGAAAGAAUACCUUACCGUCUGA